GAAGAGAAGGGGAAGGGGAAGGAGACAGAGAAGAGACGGUGAAGCGUAAGGAAAUGGGUGGAACUUGGUAAAGGAUUGGGUUCAGUCCUUUUCAUGGGUUAUGAUCAAAACCCUCUGCCUUUUCCUUUAAAAGGUUUUAAGACUGGCGAUGGCAAGAUUUUUCAAAAACUUCAAGGUCUCGGAAAAUUUCCUCGCAUUUAUUUAACUUAAAAUCUCAGCCAAAAUGCACAAGCUUAAGAACUUUCCCCUCUCUACUGAAACGCGAAACGGGAGAACACUCUCGAAAUCCUUCGCGGGAGUCUCCUUCCACGAAGCAGUCCAUGAUAUACGAAACUUCCCAGAGAAUCAAAUCGCCUUUUAUACAUCUCUGUUCUCCUGCAGCGCCACCUACAAAAAAACAAGGAUUCAAAAUCUGUUUCGGAAAGCCUCUUUCUGUCGUUAAUGGCGACGGCAGAUGUUCAAGGCCGAACGCUCGAGGUCUCAGUCAUCGGCUGGAGGGACAUAUCAGCUGACACACAUGGCCAACAGCUUUACGCCGUAGUUGGAUAUUGCAACAAAAGCUGCAGCACGAGGGCAAUCAAAGGUGGACGGACGGACUCAACACUCAGCGGCAACUUCAAAUUUCAAUUCAUUGAAAGUGCCCAUGAGGUAGAUAUUGCUGUCUGGAAGAAGAAGAAUAGCUGGGACGAAGACAAGCUUAUUGGCUUCAGAAAGAUUGAUUUGGAUGAUCAGGUUCUUCAUGGUUGCACAAGCAAAAAGGCGUGGCAGCUGCACUCUCCGCCCAAGCGUGGAGCAGAUAUAAAGACUGCAGGCGAAAUAUAUUUGGAAAUAAACUUAAACUGUCCGUUAGUUCAGAACGUUCUGCCGCCUCCUUCUGCACCGUAUGACUAUCCAAUCUCUAUUUAUGGUCGAUCUUCUAAUUAUCCUACAGAAAGGCCUCCAGGUAAACUGUUGUUAAUGGGAACCAAAGGAGGAUGAAUCUGAAAGCUGGUGGCUUGAUCAGUAUGUAUGCCGUUGCUUUGGAUGCCGCACCUUAAGUUGAAGGCAUGACUGUGGUUACUGAUUAAAUAGUUUUGUAUAUGGUUUUCACAUUGCUGUUGCAUUAUUAAUCCGUCACACGUUUAAAUAUUUGUACGAUAAGUUUGAAGCUCAUUGCAUUAUGUUGAUUAUUGUCAUGUAUAUUUCUUUAUCGUUGAAGUGUACAAUAUAGAACUUAGGUAAUUAUGUUCCAAGUUGUAGUAUUUAAAUG